AUGGCGCCCAUCGUCGUCCACAACUCGCUGAAGCCCGGCGCGCCGGUGCCCUUUGUGCCCAAAGACGAAGGCAAGGUGUCCUGGUACGCUUGCGGCCCCACCACGUACGACCUGAGCCAUCUCGGCCACGCCCGCAACUAUGUCUCGACCGACAUCAUACGCCGAGUCCUGAUGCACCACUUUGGGUUUAAAGUCAACUUUGUUAUGAACUACACCGAUAUAGAUGACAAGAUUAUCAUCAAGGCUCGGAGGAAUCGGCUGCUCGAGCUCGAGAAAGACAAGCCCUACAGCCCUGAGCAGAUUCGCGGUCUCGUAUUCAAGACUUUCGUGGCGUAUGCGGACAGCAACUUGCCUCUCCUGCUAUCCGCAGGUGAUGCGGCAGGACUGGACGAGAACAACUACCAAGAACGAAAAGAGACGGCCUAUGGCCAUGUCCUGGCAGGCGGCACCCUCUCGGGGGAGGGCAAGCCCAGCGAUCCCGAGGCAAAGGUGAAGAUGCAUCUCAACAACAUGGAUUCCGCAGCCCAGUCUCUGAAAGCGGGAAGCUCAUUUGAAGGCGCCGAAGAGAUCCUCCUCCCGUACCUCGACUCGCUCUACAAGGAGACACUCGACACCAGUGACCAGACCAUCUUCACCAAUCUUACGCAAGCCAUGGAGAGAGCCUUUCGCGAUGACAUGGAGGCCUUGAAUGUUCUGCCGCCGGAUGCCGUGACUCGCGUGACCGAAUAUGUGCCGCGGAUUGUCACUUUCGUCGAGCAGGUUAUCAAGAAGGGGUUUGCGUACGAGGCCAGUGGCUCGGUUUACUUCGAUAUCGCGGCAUUUGAGAAGGCCGGCAAUACAUACGCCCGGUUGCGCCCAGAGAGCAAGAAUGACAAGUCGCUGCAGGAGGAGGGCGAGGGCUCCUUGUCAAAGACGCUUGAAGGGAAAAAGCGGUCGGGCGAUUUUGCGCUUUGGAAAAGAUCAAAACCCGGCGAGCCCUGCUGGCCGAGUCCCUGGGGCGCGGGUCGGCCUGGCUGGCACAUUGAGUGCUCUGUCAUGGCGUCCGAUAAGCUUGGUGACCAAAUGGAUAUCCAUUCUGGCGGUAUCGACUUGGCUUUCCCCCACCACGACAACGAGCUGGCGCAGAGCGAGGCCUACUUCCACGAAUGCGACAAGGGCGAGCACACGUGGGUCAAGUACUUUUUGCACAUGGGCCACCUCUCCAUUUUAGGGAGUAAAAUGUCGAAGAGUUUGAAGAAUUUCCAGACGAUUCAAGACGCACUUGCCACGACGUACACGUCGCGGAAUAUGAGGAUCGUGUUCCUAAUGGGCCGGUGGAACGACGGCGUGGAGAUAUCGCCCGACAUGCGGAAGCAGGCCGAUAACUGGGAGACCACGCUUGAUAAUUUCUUCACUAAUAUCAAGGCGAAGCUGUCUGAGGCGGCCGGGAUGCUAACGGACGGGGUCAAGGAUCUCUCAUUGGCUGCCACUAAAGGGGGUUUGUUCGAGGAACUGAAGCAGGCCAAAACCGACGUGGAUGCGGCGCUCAGGAACUCUUUUGACACUUUCACCGCCAUGCAGAUCAUCCUCAGGCUUGUCCGUGAUGCCAACAUCCACAUGAACGACAGGGCUGCAGAGCCCAACCUGCAGGCGGUCGAGGCGGUUGCGCGAUGGGUGACCAAGAUUGUGGGUGUAUUUGGACUUGACGCCGGCGCUGCGCCGCCCUACGAAGGUCUUGGAUGGACUUCUGCCAGCUCGGCGGCUGCUGCCAAUGUGGACCCGCAAACUGCCGUUAAGCCGUACGCCACCGUAUUCUCCAAAGUCAAGGGGGAAGUAGAAGCCUUCGGCCUUUCAGACACCUCGGUCCAGACCCUUCUCGAGCAGCAGGCGCCGGAGAGCGAAUUCACAGAGCUGGAGAAAGCCGGCGAGCGGGAUACGGAGAGGCUGGCCCUGCCGUUUAUCCGAGCGACGUCGCGUCUGCGCGAUGAACUGCGGGCAAUUGUUUCGUCUGCAACCCCCCUCGAGCCCAAAACCAAGCAGGCCGUCCUCGCCCUCAGCGACCGCAUCCGUGACUAUGACCUCACUGACCUCGGCGUCCAGCUAGACGACCAGACAGACAAGCCGAGCUUGGUCAAGUUCGUGCCGGCCGCUAAGCUCAUUGCGGCGCGCGAAGAAAAGGCGGCGCUGUUGGCCGAAAAGGCGAGACAGAAAGAAGAGGCGCGGAAAGCCAGAGAGAAGGCUGACGAGGAGAAGUGGGCCAAGGCCAAAGUGACCGCGCAAGACUUGUUCCGGAGCGAUGCGAAAUACCAGGAGUGGGAUACUCAAGGGCUGCCGACCAAGCUGGCCGACGGCAAUGCGGUGCCCAAGAGCCAGCUCAAAAAGCUGACCAAGGAAUGGGAGAAACAGAAGAAGCUGCAUGAGGAGUAUCUCACCAAGUUCGGCCCCGGGGCUUAA